AUGUGCCAUAGGGAGAAGAAAGCAGGUGGUCGUAAAUUCAAUCGUCGUGCCCUCACGUAUGAAGAUACUCAGCGAAUCAACACAUUCCUGAUCAACUUUGCUGAACAGUAUGCCCUCGUCCUCCCAGGCCGCGUACCAGGUUUCAAGAGAGCAGAUCUCAAGCUUCUACCCUCUUGUGAAACGAAGGUAUCGAUAUGGAGAAAAUACUGCAAGGCUGUAACUGAUCUAGGUCAUCGAACUGCCAAACUGAGUGCCUUCAAGUCAGUAUGGAAGAGUGUUGCACCUCACAUUGUGAAGACCAAACCGAUGACGGACUUGUGUGGGGAUUGCCAACUGAACAACUACAAGAUAUAUCGUAGUGCAAAUCUCCCCAACUGUGUGAAGGAUGCAAAGUUACGGAAGCAGGAGGAGCACCUCAGGAUCGUUGAACAGGAACGAGAUGUUUUGCGGGCCAUGACCAACGAGGCCAAGAAAACAGUAGCUGAGCUUGGUAUAGUGACCCUAUCUGCGAGUGAACCUUGCUCCAAGGAUAUUUCUAUGCAUUACAGUUUUGACUUUGCCCAGCAAGUCCACUACCCAUACAGUCCUUACCAACCAGGGCCAAUCUAUUUUCUUACACCGAGGAAGUGUGCCAUUUUCGGGGUCUGCUGUGAAGCACUCCCACAGCAGAUCAACUACUUGAUUGAUGAGGGUAUGGCGUCAUCAAAAGGUUCGAAUGCAGUGAUAUCUUAUGUUCACCAUUUCCUUGGAAAUUACGGCUUAGGUGAAAAACAUGCGGACUUACAUUGUGAUAAUUGCUCUGGACAGAACAAAAAUAAGUUUGUUGUGUGGUACCUGCUAUGGCGAGUCAUGAAUGGAUAUCAUGACUCUAUCACUAUGAACUUCUUGAUCGCCGGCCAUACGAAGUUUGCACCAGAUUGGUGUUUUGGGCUUUUCAAGCAACGGUUUCGGAGAUGCGAGAUGAACACUCUGAAUGACAUCGCUGAUGCAGUCACUACAAGCGCAAAUGCAAACCGACCUCAGCUGGUGGGAAAUGAACAAGGAGAGUCUUAUGUCAACAUGUACGAUUGGCAGGAAUUCCUGAAGCCUUUCUUCAAGCCGCUGGAUGGAAUCAAAUCGUUGCAUGUCGUGAGGUUUGAUAGUAGACAUCCUGGUGUUGUUUUCACGAAGGAACUGUCCUCAGACACAGUGGAAAAAGCCGUCCAACUGCUCAAGAACGUUAAUCACCUUCCACCACGUGAACUCCCAACUCGUUUGAAACCACCUGGAUUAGACUUUGCACGCCAGAAGUAUCUUUUCGACAAGAUACGGGAUUACUGCAUGAGUGAGGACUCGAAAGACAUUGUUUGUCCCAAGCCGGUAGCUGUAGCAGCAGCAGAUGACAGUUCAGAUGGUGAGGAAUAUAGAGCUCCACCUCAGAAGAAGGGACGAAAGAAAUAAUGUAUAUUAUUUGAUGAUAAAUUUGUGUUUUCAAUGGAAUGUGUAGUUCAUGAGAAAUGGAAGAAAAAAAAAAUUUCAAGAAUUUAUUUUCAUGAAAUUUUUUUUUUUUUUUUUAAUGUUGGCCGCCAGUGUGCACUCUUUGAUGACUAGUUUUGCUGUUGAUUUCAGAUUUGAAAAUUGAAAAUAGCACAUUUUUCUUGCAUAAACUGUUGCAUAUACUAGUUAUGAAAAGAAUUAAACAAGUUUUAUGGACUCAUUGUGAUGGUUGCUAUGGACUUUUUACUAGUAUUGAUGCCUCACCUUCAGGUCCAUUUUUCUCCUUUUCUUCCUCAAAAUAAAAGCGGCUUAGACAGUGUGCAAUCCCGAAUAUGAUUUGUCAUAACUCUGUAAAUAU